GCUUGCAGCCACUUCCGCUUCCGGUCCGUCGCUUCUUUCGGUUGCUUCCCGUCCUCUCGGCGGCUCAUCUCCCCCGCCCGGCUGUCCGCGCCCCUCCUGGGCGCCGGGGCGGCAGGGCUGUCGUCGUGCGGCUCUCCGUGCUUCCGCCUGUGCGCCCGAACGCGCCUCAGUGUCUGCCGCCCGCGGCUCUCCGCGCGCCCCGUGACACCGAGGUCGAGCGGGGGCAGGGGGCUGCCCCCCAUGACCCCCCGGUGCCCGGUGUGAGGGAGCCGAGUGGCAGCCAAUGUUAUUGAGUGCCUACUAUCAGUGGGGCUUGGGGCCAAGCACUUAAUGUGCCCAUCCUGUUCCACCAGCGAGCCUACCAGAUGUGGUGACCUGCCAGUUCCUGCUGUGGUCUCCCUACUCAAGUUGGCCCCUCUGCCCACAUCCCAGGGGCACAGUCCCUGCACCUCCACUGGCCACCAUGUCAACCUCCUCUCUGCGGCGCCAGAUGAAGAACAUCGUCCACAACUACUCAGAGGCUGAGAUCAAGGUCCGCGAGGCCACAAGCAACGACCCCUGGGGCCCGUCCAGCUCACUCAUGUCCGAGAUCGCCGACCUUACCUACAAUGUUGUCGCUUUCUCAGAGAUCAUGAGCAUGAUCUGGAAGCGGCUCAACGACCACGGCAAGAACUGGCGACACGUCUAUAAGGCCAUGACGCUGAUGGAGUACCUCAUCAAGACGGGCUCGGAGCGCGUGUCGCAGCAGUGCAAGGAGAACAUGUAUGCUGUGCAGACGCUCAAGGACUUCCAGUACGUGGACCGCGACGGCAAGGACCAGGGUGUGAAUGUGCGUGAGAAAGCUAAGCAGCUGGUGGCCCUGCUGCGAGACGAGGACCGGCUGCGGGAGGAGCGUGCCCACGCACUCAAGACCAAGGAGAAGCUGGCACAGACAGCUGCUGCCUCCUCAGCAGCUGUGGGCUCCGGGCCCCUGCCUGAGGCAGAGCAGGCCUGGCCGCAGAGCAGUGGAGAGGAGGAGCUGCAACUGCAGUUGGCCUUGGCCAUGAGCAAGGAGGAGGCCGACCAGCCCCCGUCCUGCGGCCCUGAGGAUGACGUCCAGCUCCAGCUGGCCCUUAGUUUGAGCCGUGAGGAGCACGAUAAGGAGGAGCGGAUCCGCCGUGGGGACGACCUGAGGCUGCAGAUGGCCAUUGAGGAGAGCAGGCGGGAGACAGGGGGCCAGGGGGAGUCCUCCCUCAUGGAUCUUGCAGAUGUCUUCACGGCCGCAGCUCCUCCAACAGCCUCGGACCCCUGGGGUGGCCCAGCGCCCAUGGGCACUGCCUCGGCUGCCCCCACCUCAGACCCAUGGGGCGGACCUCCUGUUCCGCCAGCUGCUGAUCCUUGGGGUGGUCCGGCCCCUACACCGGCUUCUGGGGACCCCUGGAGGCCUGCUGCCCCUGUGGGGCCCCCAGUCGACCCUUGGGGUGGGACCCAGACCCCUGCAGCUGGAGAAGGGCCCACGCCUGACCCAUGGGGGAGCUCGGAUGGUGGGGCCCCGACCAGUGGACCCUUGGUCUCCGAUCCCUGGGCCCCGGCCUUCUCAGACCCCUGGGGGGGGUCACCUGCCAAGCCCAGCACUAAUGGCACCACAGUGGUCGGGGGCUUUGACACAGAGCCUGACGAGUUCUCUGACUUUGACCGGUUGCGCACAGCCCUACCGACCUCAGGGAGCAGCACAGGGGAGCUGGAGCUGCUGGCUGGAGAGGUGCCCGCCCGCAGUCCCGGGGCGUUCGACAUGAGUGGGGUCGGGGGCUCUCUGGCUGAGGCUGUGGGGAGCCCCCCGCCCGCAGCUGCCCCAGCCCCCACGCCACCUACGCGGAAGACGCCUGAGUCGUUCCUGGGGCCUAACGCGGCCCUCGUCGACCUGGAUUCGCUGGUGAGCCGGCCGGGCCCCACGCCACAAGGAGCCAAGGCCUCCAACCCCUUCCUGCCAAGUGGAGCCCCGGCCACUGGUCCCUCCGUCACCAACCCCUUCCAGCCCGCGCCCCCUGCAACGCUCACCCUGAAUCAGCUCCGGCUCAGCCCUGGGCCCCCGGUCCCGGGGGCGCCACCGACAUACAUCUCCCCCCUGGGUGGGGGCCCGGGCCUGCCCCCCAUGAUGCCCCCAGGUCCCCCAGCUCCCAGCACUAACCCCUUUCUCCUAUGAGCAGGGGGGGCAGCCCAGCCCAGCUCCCACUGCUGCUCCCUGGGAGACCAGUGUCGUGAGUGCAUGUGAAGCGGGGACCCCCAGCGCCCUCCCCUCCUGGGCCUACUCACACUACACUGCCCCCACAUCCCCUACCUGCGUCCCGAGAAACUGGAUGUGGGGUUUGGGGAGGGUGCUGGCCAGAGGAGGGCCCCUUCCUGUGGCAUUAGAACGGGGACAGCUGUGCCCGUCCCCCCACUCCUGACUGGCCCCUCAAUCAGUGUUUGAGCCUCCUUCUCCCCCCACAUCCUCGGUGAAUCCUUGGUGAUUAUUUCGGCAACUGUGGGAAUAAAUGGCAAUUCUCAUGGG